UUUCUCCCACUCCACCAUGGCGGUGACUUAGGGUUUUUGUGGGCGAUGAAGGCGAGGAAGAAGGCGGGCGUUGGGGCGAGCGCGAGCGCCAAGGGCGUGCUGCGCGUCACGGAGUCGGGCAAUGGCAAGCAGAUGAGCGUGGUGGUGGAUGUGGGGCAGCAUCCCACGCGCAUCCGGAGGUUUGAUGGGGAUGAUCUUGGUUGUGGCGAUGCGGCGUGGUUCGCCGCCAGCACCGAUGCCGUGCCCACAUUCAAGAAAUUCCUCCUCCGCGAGGACACGGGCGCGUCGUCGCGACUGGAUAGGGUACCAUCCGAUAAUCGGACCAGGUCUUACAUUUGCCUCCGCCAAAACAGGUGGACGGGUCUUCGAUUCGCCGUGAUCAUGUCCAGGCUCGCGAAUGGGCAGCUGAGGGCCAUGUCGUUCCAUCCCCGGAGAUUGCCCAAGCAGCAACGGGAUCGGUCUAGGAGUAGCAGCAGCGCGGGCGACGAGGAAUUGGUGAAGAGGGCGGUCUUGUUUGCGAGGAGCGCUGCGUUUUGCCAGUGGCGGGAGCAGCAGCAGCAGCAGCAGCUGCAGCUGGCGAUGGAGGGCAUGCCAUCGUCGCAGCAGCACGAGCUUGAUGCCGAGCGGGGCCUCAAGCACCCGAGCGCGCUGGUGGGAUUUGACAAAGGGGACAAGGUGGAUUGCAGGUGUGGGAAGAACCGUAGCAGAGGUCAAAUGGUGACUUGUGAGGUGUGUUCCACUCGGGAACAUCUGGAGUGUCUGGACUCCAGCUCGCAGAUAGCAGCGGAUUACAUCUGCUCCGCCUGCCUGAGGGCGCAGAAAGAGGAGGUUUUUGUCAUCAGUAUGGAUGAACAGGAGGAGGGUAGGGUACUACUAAAUUCAGGAGAUUCUUGGACUAACACGCCAAAGGCGAGGGACACAGGAGAUGAGUCCGUUUGUUCCCUUUGUGGCUGCGAAGACAAUGAAGAUUUCGAAACCAUGAUACAGCCAUGUACAUGUGAUAAUGCUGCAGUCUCUGCUCAUCCUAGCUGUGUCUCGCUAGCACUGGAGGUUUUGACGCAGAAAGAUCGAAGUAAGCAGCCGCACACAUGCCACGCCUGUGGCUCUGCCAAGCCUCCUGCAUCCAAGCGUUCGUCAAAACGAGCCCCUGCUACGGACACCAGUUCUACGAAGUGCGUCAAGAGAUUGCGUAGUGCGCUGGCGCAUCCAGGGAAGACUGAAGCCGAUGAAGGCGUACACACAGGAAAAUCUCACGAGGCACAGGAAAAAGCAGACGUUGAAGCAAGGAAGCCUGAAGCCAGUCUUUUGGGAGGUCGUUUUAGUAAUGCGGCCUCCACUGUUCCAAUAAAAAAGCGGAGGAUACAGAUUAUGGAUUCUGUGCGGUCUCCAUCGCCACCAUCCAGGUCUCCAUCUCCGUCGAUAAAGGUGAACAGGGACGAGUUUUCAGGGAGCAGAUAUGGGAAGCUGGAGUCGGACAAAGUGGUGGACGAAAGACUACCAAAGUGCACUCAGAACAAAGUCGAAGAAGAAGAAGAGCCGGGGCUUCACGAUUAUGAUCUGGUGAAGGAUGAAGAUUACGAGCGUAUGGAUCAUUUUAGAAGGGAUAUUGAUGGAGAUGAAGACGGCGGCAUGAGGAAGGAUGUUGACAGUGGUGACUCUCAUGGCAAACGCUCUCACUGGGACUUGAAUAAAGGCAUGGAUGCCUGGGAACGUCCGUGUGAAGAUGGACCUGAUUACUGCAUCGACGCAGGUGCUGAGAAGUCUCAAGAGAUAGUUUCUGGGAACAUCACAGAGCAUGCUACGUCCGAUACAGAUGAAGCCGCAACCAAAGACAGGACAACCGAGGAGUUGUGUGCGACAAGCAUGCAGAGCACUGAAGAGAAAAAUGAAGCUGAUAAUGCCAGAGACGAAGGUCAAGCCCAGGGGGACACUGCCGAUUAUCAAGCAUCUCCGGAACAGGAACAGGAGCCUGACUCUUUUCCGUCACCGGCUAAGGGUAGUAGUGAUCAAACUCAGGCCGAGGCAGUCGAGGAUAUAAACGGUGACACCAAGGAUGAUGAUCCAAAGACCUUUGAAGACUCCGGGGUGAAAAGGACCGGUGAAGCUGAGGACAAAGAAGUCUUUCAAGAGGAUGACACGUUCGAAGAGGAAGAAGAACCCGAGUCAGAUAAAGUGCGAGUGGAGGUCGAGGAGGCUGAGAAAGUGGAGGAGGGUCAAAUAACUGCUGAGGACUGGGCAGAAGAGGCCUGUGAAGCCGAGCACGUUGAUUAUGAUGACUCUGAGGAAGGAGAUGAGCCGGUGGAAACAGUGGAUGAAAAGGUGGCGCGAGCGGAAGGGGAUUCCGAGGGUGAACAAGGAGAGAUUCACGAGCUCGAAGCCAAACGUGAAUCUGACAACGAGAACAAAGAAGGUCCUUCGUCGGGUGAUUACAAAAGCGGUGAAGGUCAGCCUACCGCUAGCGGCGACGAAGAGUCCAAACCAGAGAAGAAUGUUGGCGCGACGCGGCGGGUAAAGGCUUCUGGAUGGGAUCAGCUUCCUGAAGGCUUCGACACAGCAGAAGAAGCUUUACGUGCUUCCAAGGAGCUUUUCAGGCGUGGUGUGAGGCCAAAUGCCUGGACUGGCAAUCGCUUACGACCCCCAGCAGGCUCCCGAGUGUCGCAGUUUGAAAGCUACGAUAGGUUUAGACACGAGGAUCCAGCGUGGAGUAGGCACGACCAUCACGAUCAGAGGAACGAGAUGUACGAUUCGGACAGGUUCUACUCUCGCGAUUUUGGACGUGGUAGAAGUCGGGGUGGUCCGAGCUCUCCACUCGUACCUCGAAGAGCGGAACCAUGGAUGAAUGGUUCCGUGGUUCCGCCGGGACAGUGGGGUCCAAAGCACCACCUUUCUCCGCCAGCUCGUUUCUCCGAGGGUGGCGGCGGGUUUGGUCCCCACGGCCAAGCUAACGCCGCCGCCGUGGCCGCUGCAAAGGUGGAGAGUAGCGGCUUCGUUGUAGCACCGGACGGCACCAUCACCAAGGCCGGUAGUCCAGGAGCGGCGGUGGUCCGGGGUGGUGGCGGAAGAGCAUUUCCAGCAGCAGGACGGAAUCCUCCUCCCUUGAUCCUGAAUCCCACUCGAGCAGCGGACCCGGAAGCCAUGGCUCCUCCAGGGAGAGGCAUCGGUUUGAGUCCGGUGCUGAGAGUCGGCCCCGGGAUGGGAAUGGUGGGAGUAAGCCCCGGCUUGCGAAGCAGUCGUGGGGUGUUUGACAGGAGCUACGGUGGUGGUCACGGUUUGGAGGGUCCGGCAAUGAGAGCAGCGCCGGAUGGUCGAGGUGGUGGCUACGUUGGUGAGCCGCAUCCGGAGAGAUGGGAUCACCGCAGGGAGAGGAGCCCGAGCAUCCGUCGGCGAUCGAGAUCGAGGUCCAGGAGUGACUCGCCUCGGAAGAGUCUGAGGCACCACAGCCGGUCUCCUCCUCCGGGGUACGCGAGCUCGGCGAGAGAGAUGUCUCCGGCGUCGUCGGUUCCAAAGCUUCCGCUGCCGCCACCACCCCCGCGAGGCCAGAGGUCGCCACCCGCGGGGCUCAAGCGCUUGAGUGAUCGAAGAGACGAGCGGAGGUUUUUCGAGAUGGAGUACCACCAUCACCAGCAGCAGCAGCAGCAUUGCCUGGAGUCGCAGCGAGAGCCUCGAACUUCGGGGUGGGAUCUUGGGCCUGGCGACGUUGGGCGGAUCUCGUCGGGGAGAUUUGACGUCGAGUUAGAGAGGAAUCACGAUAGGCGGAGGAGGGACAGAGGGUUUUCGAGUAGCAGGCCUGGUAGAGAUGGCGAGGAGGAAGUGGCUCCCAGGAGGAGACGACCACCUUCGUGAAAGGGACGAAGACGAAGAACACACUUAUUCCCUGGAUAUGCUUUUGAUAAACCCUAAACCCUUGGGCGA